AUGUCUACUUCACCAAUGUCACCAAAUUCAAAAUCGAUAUCACCUACUAGCAAAAAGGUAGAAAGAAUCACAUUUAUAAAUAGAUUAGAAAAAGAAUUAGAGGGAAUAUGUAAAUCUAAUGAAAUGAUACUUGGUGCCGUACCAUUACAAAUCGACGAUUCAUAUAAUUCUGUAACAUCAUUAUUAAAUUGUUUAGAAGAUUUAAGACCACAAAGCCAAAAGAGUUUUUCAAAAUCAAAUUUAAAGAUUAUGGAAUUAGAAAAAUCAAUAAAUCAAAUUAAAACCAGAAUCAGAGAUAACCAAAUAAAAAAAAAUAAUAUACAACUUCAAAGAGAAUUAGAAAAAGAAUUAGAUACUAAAUUAUUACAAUUGGACGAGUUAACCAGAAAGUUUCAAACCUCUUUAAUGAGUUCUACCCAACAGCAACAGCAAAGUCAGCAACAACAACAGAUAAAUAUAAAUGAUAGACAAAAUUUAUUUAAAUCAAUCAAGUCCAGUUUAUCAAAUUUACAAAUUUCAAAUCAAAGAGUAUAUCAGUUAACAAAUUCAUUUUAUUCAACAUUAAAAGGAUAUUUUAAUUUAUUACUCGAGAUUUCAAAUAGAAUACCCGCAAUGAGAGGUGGCAUUGAUAUAGUUGGUGUUGUCAGUAUAGGUCAAGAUGAUAGUACAGAAAUUUUAGAAAGAAUGUGCGAUUCGAUUUAUGAAAGUAGUAAGGUUGCAUAUACAUUUAUGGGUGAGAUUCCUUCUUUUGAAAAACAAUGGUAUAGUUAUCACUUUAAAAUAUUUGAAAGGGUAAUGGACCGGGCAAGUGAGGAUAGUUUUGAUGAUACAGCAAGUAAUGGUAGUGGCAGGGGUAGCGGUAGAGGAAAAAAACAACAAAAAGGUAUUUUAGCAGUUCUAAAACGUUUCAAAGGUAGUUCAUAUAGACAGUCAAUUAAUUUAUUAGAGAAAAUUGAAGUUAUGGAGUAUGAAAAUGAAUUGCAACAAAGAUUAAAUCAAAAUUUAUUAAAUAAUACAUCACAAAUUUAUAAUAGUCAUAAAUUAAACUUUAAUCAACAAUCACCGCAACAAAAUACAGGACCCAAGGAUAAUACCAUUAAAAGACCAAUUGUAUAUGAACCAUUAAACUCAUCAUUCACAAUGAUGGAUGCUGUGGUAUUGGAUUUACAAAACCUCUUAUCAUUCCCAGAGAACGAGAUUAUCAAUCACAUUGACACUUUAAUAAAUAAAUGCCAAAUGCUAUUCGAAACCUUUAACCUCUUAAAGGCUAGAUAUUCCUAUUUCAAAGAAAAGCUUACAAGAUGGAUAGAUAACAAUUCAACUAUUAUCAGAGUAGCAUCUUAUGAAUGCGAUGCAGAGUCAUUCAAAAUACCCGAUUUUAGAUCAGUACCAGAUAUUCAAUAUAAAGUUAAAGUAUUAUAUAAGGUCAUGCAUUCCUAUUUCACAACUUGCCUUGUCGCAACGCCAAUGGUCUACUUAACACCAGACUCGUGGAAACUUUCAAGUCACUCUGAUUUCCGUUCAGAAAAAAGAGCUCAAAUAGAUAAGCUUUUAUUGGUAUUGAAAUCAAAUUAUCCAAUAGAUUAUGAUGUAUUAAGAAAGUUAAUUUUAGAAUUUACAGAUAUUUUAGUUUGUGCUUUAGAUAUUCAAAUCCCAUUAAUGUUGGAAGUAUAUGAAGAUGAUAGCACUUUAACAAAAAGAAAAAAUUGGUCCCACGAAAGAAAGCUAUUAAAAGAGACAAUUUCAAAAUCAAUACAUCAGUUAAAAUAUUAUCAAGCAUCAAGUUCCUCAGCUCCACCAGCUAGUUUAUCCAAUAGUUUUAAUAAUAAUGAAAAUAGUGCAACAUAUCAAGAGUUAUUAGGAUCAAGUGUAAAAAUGUUACAAAGUAUUAUGCUUCAAUUUUUUAAAUUUAAACCAAUAGGAAGACCACACCUUUACAAGAAUGAUCAUCAAUAUAAAUUAAUUUCUGAAUCUAAAAAAAGAUACGAUUACAGAACUUCAAUUUUAAUUUAA